AUGCAAAUCUUUUGCUUAGUUGCCUUCGCAGGGCUUUUUGUAGCUUCAUCAGCGCAACUUCCAACAGCCCCUGAGCUCGUUCCUGUCCCAUCCUAUUCCGGCUGUCCCCCAGAUGGUCCCCUUCUCCCUCGUCCAACCGAUUUAGCGAACUCAAAGUACAUACAAGGCGCAGCAAAGACCCUCUCUAACAUUCUAGACUCCGCCGUACAAGGAAAAAUCAAAGCUGGCUGGGUCGUUGAGAAUGUUUCCUUUUCUCUAGCAUUAGUCUCACCGUAUGGUGCAUCAGGUGCUGAGGAUAACGUGAGACCUUUUUGGGAAUAUCACCAUCGUGCGGACAAGAACGAACAAGGCACAGCCAACAUUGAUGGAAAUACACAGUAUCUGAUCGGCUCAGUAUCCAAGGUGUUUUCCGACUUGAUGCUGCUUAAGUCUGGAGUUGAUUUACAGGCUCCGGUUACGCAUUUUCUGCCGCAGUUGCGCUCUAAUAAGUCAAAGAUCCGGUGGGAAAAUAUCACCUUAGAAAUGCUGGCUGGUCAUCUGGCUGGUAUACCUCCGAACGCUUUCUACGAAUUUUACUUCCUCAACUCCUUCCACGAAAGCCUCGGAUUACCUCAUCUUAAUGAUUCUGAAUAUCCCGAGUGCGGAGUCCUGGGCCUGAAUAGUGGCUGCAGCAGAGAGCAGAUGAUCGAGAGCCUUCUGUCGAAAGAGCAAGUGGCUCCAAUAAACUCUAGGCCGAUCUAUUCACAGCUCUCGUUCACCCUCUUCGCGCUCUGUCUUGAAGCCCACACAGGCAAGAACUACUCGCAGAUACUAGACGAGACCAUUUAUAAACCCUUGAAUCUCGUCAACUCCGGGGUAUCCCCAGGAACUACGGAGCGGGCGGCUGUUCCCCCAGGUUUAUCAGGCUGGGGAAACGAUUACGGAUUCAACGCCCCCGGUGGUGGUCUCUACUCCUCCACCAACGACCUAAGCAUCUUUCUCGGCGCUAUUCUCAACCAUAGCAUCCUUGACACCCCAGCUGACGUGCGUAAAUGGCUCAAACCAUUGUCCACAACCAGUUCCCUCAACAGCCUGGUCGGACGACCCUGGGAAAUUCUCCGUGUAACAGACCUCCUCCCUCCCAAACAUGCUCACACAGUCGAUAUUUACGCCAAAUCUGGUGGUGCAAUGGGUUAUAUGGCUCAGGUUGCUGUUAUCGACCAAUAUGGGGUCGGUGUUAUUGUACUUACCGCGGGGCCCGUCGACGCAAUGGAUAUCCUUUACCGCGCUCUCCUUGGUACAUUUGUUCCAGCUAUUGAAGAGGAAGCACGCUUCCAAAGUCAUCGAUUCGCAGGAACUUGGGCAUCGAAGACCUCGCCGCCAUCCAACGAGUCUCAGACGCGCAGUAACGAGAAAAUCAAGCUGACUCUGGACAUCGACGACGGAACAGGCAUUAGGUUGGUGUCCUUCACUCGUGGCAACGCCUCAAUCGUCGAUGCUAUAAAAAAAAUAUGGGACGCCGAAUACCUUGCCCUCGGGUUUGGUAUCAUGCCCGACACAUUCCGUAUCUAUCCCACGGGUUUGAAAAACCCUGUCCCGGCCUCCGAAGUUGAGUCUCUCCUUGCUCAAUCGAAUUCACAUUCACACCUUCACCACUCCCGGAGCUAUGAUGACAAAGACAAGGUGAGAGUUGAGCGCCAGGAAUGGCGUAUUAACCUCGAUAUCGUCCCACUUAACGGCGCAGCCAUGUCGGAUCUUCCGGGGCAAACUACGGCCACACAGUACUGUGGCUCGUGGCAGACGGUGGACUGGAUGACGUAUGGGGGAUCGGUCUAG